AUGGCGUACUUCACGGUGCAGAGAGUAGCCCUGGCCUCAGGGCUCGUGCUGGCUGUGUCGCUGCUGCUGCCCAAGGCUUUCUUGUCCCGCGGAAAGCGGCAGGAACCCCCGCCGGCGCCUGAAGGAAAACUGGAUCGAUUUCCACCCAUGAUGCAUCAUCGCCAGGCACCCUCCGAUGGCCACACUCCUGGGGCUCGAUUCCAGAGGUCUCACCUUGCAGAGGCAUUUGCAAAGGCCAAAGGAGCCGGUGGAGGCCCCGGAGGAGGAGGUAGUGGAAGAGGCCUGAUGGGGCAGAUUAUUCCAAUCUAUGGUUUUGGGAUUUUCUUAUAUAUACUGUACAUUCUAUUUAAGCUCUCAAAGGGGAAGACAACUGCAGAGGAUCAGAAAUGCUCUACUGCCACACCUGGAAACACCCACCGGAAAAUUACCAAUUUUGAGCUUGCCCAACUGCAAGAAAAACUGAAGGAGACAGAGGAAGCCAUGGAAAAAUUAAUCAACAGAGUGGGACCUAAUGGUGGGAGCAGAGCACAGACUGUGACUUCUGAUCAAGAGAAACAGUUGUUGCAUCAGCUCCGAGAAAUCACCAGAGUCAUGAAAGAAGGAAAAUUCAUUGACAGACUCACUCCAGAGAAAGAAGCUGAAGAGGCCCCUUACAUGGAAGACUGGGAAGGUUACCCUGAAGAGACUUACCCAGUUUACGACCUUUCAGACUGCAUCAGACGUAGGCAAGAAACAAUCCUGGUGGAUUAUCCAGACCUGAAAGAGCCUUCUGCUGAAGAAAUAGCUGAGAGAAUGGGAAUGCUAGAAGAACGAGACCAUUUGGGUUGGGAAAGUCUGCCCACUGAUCCUCGAGCCCAGGAAGAUAAUUCUGUUACCUUGUGUGACCCAAAGCAAGAAACAUGUUCCUGCUGUUUCCAUGAAGAAGAGGAUCCUGCUGUGUUGGCAGAGAAUGCUGGAUUCAGGGCAGACAACUGUAGUGAGCAAGAGGAAGACACCAAAGCGGAGUGGCCCCAAGACUUCGGAGAUGAAGGCCCGGGCCUCAGUGCUGAUAAAGCACACACGGGUGGCAUGCUGAGGAAGCGGAACCUCCAGAGUUUAGAAUGA